AUGACGAAGUGGAUAAAUCGUAUAUUUUUUGCCAAAGAGAAAUCGGUAAGUCACCAUCUGAUUGAAUUCCGCGCUGGAAAAAUGUUCAUGCGUGGAACCACUGUUUAUGCGGACAAACGUAAGGGGUUGGUAUACAUUCAUCAGUCGAACGAUUCCCUCAUGCAUUUCUGUUGGAAAGACCGCUCUACCGGAACCGUUGAAGACGUAAGAUUUGUUCUGCUUUGCCACUGCGUUGUUUACAUGUAUGUCAAUGUAAAUUAUUCCUUUAGACUAAAAUUGAAACUAGAUCUGAGAAUCGUCCAUUUUUUCCAUGUCUCAGACACUUUGCGCCAGCCGAUUCAAAUUCUUGAAACACCUGUACAAAGUCGGACUUGCGAUUACUACACCAGCAACGCGCUGAUUUUAUCUGAAAUGGCAUUCCAUCGAGAUCGAACAGAAUAA